UCAUAAACGUAAUGAUAACUCCCACCUUAUAUUAACAUCUAGUUGUGCCCAAUGCCCAUUUUAAUAAAAGUUAUUGAAAGUAGUGACAGACUCAGUUGACGAAAUAUCCAGCAAUUGAGAGAAAAUGGACGAUUUAAUUACUCUUAUUCGCACCGAAAUUCCGGAAGGAAGGCAAAACCUCCUAGAAAGUUAUACAAAUCUUGAACGUGUAGCUGAGUACUGCGAAGAUACUUACUACAGGUCUGAUAACAAAAAAGUUUCUCUUGAGGAGACGAAAAAUUACACAACGCAGUCUUUAGCUAGUGUGGCCUAUCAAAUCAACACACUGGCAUAUAAUUUUUUGCAGCUGAUGGAUCUUCAAGCCACUCAGAUGGCCGAGAUGGAGUCUCAGAUGAAUCAUAUAUCCCAAACGGUGAUGAUUCAUAAAGAAAAGGUAGCUCGACGCGAAAUCGGCGUAUUGACUGCCAACAAAGUAAGUACGAGACAGUACAAGAUCGUGGCACCACUGAAUCCGGAAAAGCCUAUCAAAUAUGUACGCAAGCCUAUCGACUAUAGCCUGUUGGACGAUAUUGGUCAUGGUAUAGCACUAACCAAUAACAGUCAGAAAAAGCAUCGUGUAUCAAGCCAAGGGUCGAUCCAGUCACUAUCAGCUAACAUUUCGGUAGGCCCUCCGCCAACCACGAAACCUCCAACGCCACCACAAAUGACUCGUAGUGCUGGACAUACUGGUACACUUGGAAAAAGCACAAACAAUACAGGAACGUUGGGAAAGUCCUCGCGAGAAUAUCGUACGCCACCUGUGGUAGUACCUCCCCAAGUCCCAUCACAUUAUGCUCCGAAUUUCCCGGUAGGGCAUCCCAGAAGAUCUGGUGGUGAACGUGGACCUGGUUACAGUGCUCUCCCAAUGCCAAUGCCACCAAGUCAGAUUGCAAUGCAUCAUCCACCACAAGUUAGUAUGGUGCAUCCGAUGCCACCUUCUACUAUUCAACAUCAGUCGACAUUUGAUGAACGCAACAGUAUGCCACCGCCACCAUCUCCAUUGACGGUAACUCAUGAAAUGCCUGACCAUAGUCACAUUGGAAUGCAUACACUCAGUCGAAACAUGCCGCGUCCCGGUUCGCAGUCACCACCUUUGCCUCCCCCACCGCCUCCAGAAGAAUCGGAUCAUGCUGAUUUUGGAAGGCCGAGAAACACUCAAAGUCUUGUUGCUCCGAUUGUUCCAGAGGAUCAAAAUUUACCGGGAUGGGUUCCAAAGAACUACAUUGAAAAAGUAGUCGCCAUCUAUGAUUAUUACGCUGAUAAGGAUGACGAACUAAGCUUCCAAGAGAGUUCAGUACUGUACGUACUGAAGAAAAACGAUGAUGGCUGGUGGGAAGGUGUUAUGGAUGGUGUUACCGGUUUGUUCCCCGGUAAUUACGUAGAACCAUGCGUAUAAAAUCAAAAUGUUUAACGAAAACCAAUGCGAAUAGAACCUUAUACUCAAAAGAUAAACAACUAUUGGUAUUUAUUAGUGUACUAUUGCAAAAUUAUCGUUUUUCUAUUCAACUGCAUUUAUCGCCUUUGAAUUUACAAAUUAAUC